UCCUGUGAAUACCAGAGAAGAAACGUUCUGAAUGAAAUGGACAAGUUUGAAGAGGAAGCAGUGAAGGUGCCGUUUGGUACUAGGUCUCUGGAUGCCGCCUUGUGUGUCCCUGCCUCACUGGACCGUGUUCGCAGGGCUGUCAUCCUCACACACGGGGCUGGGGGAGACAUGAACUUCAGACAUCUGGUGUCUCUGGCACACUGUCUGGCCUCCAGAGGCAUCAUCUGCUUCCGAUUCACAUGCAAAGGUUUAAACUUGAGUUAUAGGGUGAAGGCCUACCGUGCUGUGUGGGACUACUUGAAGUCACUACAGAAGUUCACAAUUAGACACAUUUAUUUUGGAGGCAGGUCAAUGGGAUGUCGUUCUGCUGUGGCUCUAGCCAGGCAGCUAAGCGACGAAGCUGAGGAUGCGGUGCAGGGUGUCAUAUGCCUGUCGUUCCCCCUGCACCCACCGGGACAGACAGACGCCCAUCGCCAGCGGAGUGAAGAUCUCAAAAUGCUGCCAGAACACAUGCGUGUGCUAUUUGUGUCAGGCAAAGAGGACAACAUGUGUGACAGGGAUCUUUUCACCGGUGUGGUAAAAGAAAUGAAAUCUCAGGUUGAGGUUUUCUGGCUACACGGAGGCAGCCAUGGACUGACGGUGAAAGGAAGGUCUGAGGAUUCUGUGUUGGAUGAAGUGAACACCAAGGUUAUCGACUGGAUCAGUGAACAGGGAGAAUAGAUUAAUUACUGUGUUGAGAUGUAGAUUUGUUUGUUUUCUGUUUUUAAAUACUUUUUAAAUAAAUUGUAUUAUUUUACACAAUG